ACCGCGGCCGAGCUACGCUGCGCAUGCGCAGCUGCUGCCGCUGCCGCCGCUAUCGCCGACAUAUUGCUGUUCUGGUGGUGAAGCCGUGGAAGCAGUUGACGUCGUUAUGGAGAGUGAUGAUACUGGAAAUCGCCUUCGCUUCCAGCUGGAGUUGGAGUUUGUGCAGUGCCUGGCAAACCCCAAUUACCUAAACUUUCUUGCUCAGAGAGGAUUCUUCAAGGACAAAGCAUUCGUUAACUACCUUAAAUACCUGCUCUACUGGAAAGAACCAGAGUAUGCCAAAUACCUAAAGUACCCCCAGUGCCUGCACAUGCUGGAGCUGCUGCAGUAUGAGCACUUCCGCAAAGAGCUGGUCAAUGCCCAGUGCGCCAAGUUCAUCGAUGAGCAGCAGAUCCUGCACUGGCAGCACUACUCUCGCAAGCGCAUGCGCCUCCAGCAGGCCCUGGCAGAGCAGCAGCAGCAACAACAGCAGCAGAACAGCACCUCUGUGAAGUGAGCCCAUUUGGCAUCCCCAGUGAGUGCAGGAGGGACAGUUGCAGUGGUGGCACCACUCUGGAAUCAUCCAAGCAUGGGGCUGCCUUGGCUGAGCAGCCACAGCACAAAAUAGUCACCCUGGGGGAUCUCAAAACCUCUUAUGGAUCCUCUGGCUUUGCUUUACCAGAGGCUGCAUAAACAGCUUCUUUACGUGUUGGAUGAAGUAGCAAGAAGUUCUCACCCCCUCCAGAUGUAAAGUUCUCACUGCAUUUCCCAAAAGACACUCAGUGGAAAGGUGGGUGAUUUGGGUUGGUAUGUCUGUCUCUUUCUGUGUGUGUGUGGGUGUGCGUGCAUGUAUAUAUAUAAAAUCCCUUUGGUGGUAAGUUUUUAGCACAUUAUUGAGAGCAGCAAAUAAAGAGACUUAAAAGCUCAUCAGUGUGUGCUGGGUUUGUAUUAGUCCAUGGAUAAAUAAAAGCCUGUGAGCUGCAUCUUCCUUUUGACAAGAGCUCUCAGAUCUAUAAGUGAUCUGUUUUAAAAAAGCAUAAGCAACCCCAUCUGCAUUAACUGGCUAAAUUCAUCGCUGGAGUGCAAGAUGUAACUGUGUAAGAUGUAACUGGUCAGUGAGAACCACUUCCAGCUGUGUGAUACAAAAUCCUCUGUUGCGUUUCAUACUUAAGCUCAGUGGGGAUGUGAUGGGCUAUAACUUUCUGCAGGUUUUCAGCCAAAAGUGGCAUGUGAUGCUUCUAAAGGCAGUGCCAUUCCAUAGCAAGAGCUAAGCAACAGACUUUGCUGUUGGUCUGCCUUGUUGAUUUGAGGACACUGGCUACUUGUGAAAUCAAGGAGGAGCAAUUUUGUGUAUUUCAAUCACGUCCCUUUCAAAAACCACCUUUGUCUGAGACCUUUUGACUUAAAUUUUUGUUUCCCACUUGAA